AUGGAUCCCUACGAUAGUGACUCGUCUGGCAUAGACGAGGAACUUGGAGACUAUACAGAAACAGGGGUUCUCCUUGGAUACGCGUCCAAGGAAGAAAUCAGCGAUGCAAUCAGCCACCUAGGUGGAUGGCCAACAUGGCUUGACCCCGCGACCCCUCCACCAGGAGAUUUCUCGAAAUGCAAGAUUUGCAAUGACCCAAUGCCACUUAUCCUACAACUAAAUGCCGACCUCCCCGAACACUUUGCGAAUGAUGAGAGGUGGCUAUAUAUAUUUGGCUGUGUUAGGCGUACCUGCAAUCGCAAGCAGGGGAGCAUACGCGCAUUGCGGGGUGUGAAGAGACAUAAAAGUGUAGAGGAGAGAGAGAAAGUAUCCGAGAAGCAAAAGGAAGAGGCGCAAAACAAACCGAAACGGGAUAUCGGGGCGGACCUAUUCGGCGUGAAGCCUUCUUCUAACAUGUCUGGAAACUCGAAUCCAUUCUCAACAUCUACGAUCGGCGGAAGCAGUAAUCCAUUUGCUGCGUUGCCUACAUCAUCACUUGCCGCAGUUAUACCACAAAAGCCAGACACACCGUCGCCUACAACAGAAAAGGAUCUCCCUGAAACAUUUGCACAGAAAGCACGCAUCUCAUCCCCUUCACAACAACAACCCAAAGCCAUGGCAGGACCACAAGCUCCCUGGCCAGAACAAUCCGCUUUCCCUCCACCAUAUCCACACUAUUACUUUGAUGCCGAAUAUGAAGCCUUGUCCAAAACUGAAGAAACCACAGUACCGUCCAAUGUUAAAAUUGAUACCCUCGAGACAGAAGACGAACCCUCUUCCUCUAAAAAGGAGACAGAAAAAGAUCUCUUCGAAUCAUCUAUGGACAAGUCGUUUAUUCGCUUUUCUACCCGUCUAGAACAUAACCCGGAGCAAGUCCUUAGAUAUGAAUUCCGAGGAACGCCAUUACUAUAUUCGACGAAUGACGAGGUGGGGAAAAUAUUUGCUUCUGAGAGCUCAAACCAGGCACAGUCGCACGUUAAAGUGCAGUCUAGUGGCGGGAGCAAGAGCAAGAUUCCACGCUGUGAAUCAUGUGGAGGGGAUCGUGUAUUUGAGCUACAGCUUGUUCCGCAUGCAAUUGCUAUGCUUGAGGAAGGCAUGGAAGGAAUUGGCCUCGGCCCUAAAGAUGAUCCAGGUAUGGAGUGGGGAACAAUCAUAUUGGGCGUUUGUGCGGCCGAUUGUGCACCUGAAAAUAUAGGAGAGGCUGGCUGGCGAGAAGAAUGGGCUGGUGUACAGUGGGAAGAAAGGUUACUGGCCAAAUAG